GUUUCCGCUGUGUAAGGUGUGCUCUCAAAGUGUAAAUAUUUGUAAUAGAAAAACUUAGUCAGCAAUUGCUUGUGUUAAAGAAAUCAAAAUGACGUAUAGACAAGUAAGUGAAUGCGAUGCAGAAAUAAUUACGCAAUAUCCAGAACCGGGCAGCUACGUUUCUGUACCAGAUUUUUACGCAGGAAAGUCAAUUUUCUUAACUGGUGUCACUGGAUUUCUUGGUAAGGUGUUUCUCGAGAAACUUCUUUUCAGUUGCGAAGAUAUUGAAACCAUUUACAUUUUGAUCAGAGAGAAAAAAGGGAAAACACCUCUGCAAAGAAUUGAAGAGCUUUUUGACAAACCGCUUUUCUCAAGAUUGAAAGAGAAAGAUCCACAAUGUAAGAAGAAGGUAAUACCAAUUAUUGGCGAACUAAGUGAACCUGGUCUUGGCAUAUCAAAAGCUAACGAAGAAACUCUUUUAGACAAGGUAUCUGUAGUAUUCCAUGCAGCAGCUAAUGUUCAGUUCGACAAAGAAUUGAAAGAGAUCAUUAAUACAAACGUUUGCGGGACUAAGUAUGUACUGCAAUUGUGUCAACGAAUGAAAAAUAUAAAGGCGUUCGUCCACGUAUCCACAGCCUACUGCCACACAGACCAGACAGUGUUAGAAGAGAGAGUGUACCCCCCUCCAGCUGAACUGAGUGAGGUCCUGAAGUUCCUUCAGCAGCCACAGCAUGACAAUAAGAAGCAGAUCAAAGAGUUCUUUAAGGAACAACCAAAUAGCUAUACGUUUGCUAAGGCGUUGGCAGAGACCUACAUAGCUGAGAACUGCGGACACGUGCCCACAAUCAUCAUCAGACCUUCAAUAAUAUCCUCAUCCCUGAAGGAGCCACUACCAGGCUGGUUGGACACGUGGAACGGAGCCACCGGCCUCAUCACGGCUAGUUACAACGGAGCCAACAGAGUGCUGCUUGGCGAAGGCAGCAAUAUCCUCGACCUGAUUCCAGUGGACUUUGUUGCUAACCUUGCGAUUGUAGCUGCUACUAGAUGUACUAGCCCUUUGAAAGUGUACAACUGCUGCUCCAGCGGAUGCAACCCUUUAACAUUGAAGCAAUUGAUCAGUCACAUGAAUCAUUACGGAUGUGAUAAGAACGUGUCAAUAAUAUUCACCAACAAUAAGCCGUCGAUGUUCACAUUCACAUUUUUGCUGCAAACGACACCAUCUUUUACUGCUGACAUGUUCCUGAGAGCUACAGGGAAGUCGCCAAAGUACAUGAAGAUCCAGUCGAAACUCACACUCGCCCAGAAAGCCUUAAGUUAUUUUACAUCUCAUUCCUGGGUGAUGAAGGCUGAUAAUUCAAGGAAGCUGUACGCAUCGUUGUCAAUCCAAGACCGACAGACGUUUCCUUGCGAUCCUACGGACAUUGAUUGGAAGCAGUACAUCACUAUCUACUUAGAAGGCAUCAAUCAGUUUUUGAUGAAGAAUUAUACUUAAAUAUUUAAUAAAAUGCACAUAAUUUAUUAAUUUUGAUACUAACUGCCGUACUCAGAGACAUUUAACGAUUAUUUAAUUUCUUAGUAACGAUUUUGUAGUGAAAACAAUUGCUAAGGACUGCGUGAGUAAUCAUUAAAUGACUCUGAGUACGACGGUAAAAUUGUAUUAAUUCAAUCGAUUUAUUUUUUUAUUUAUAUUAGUAAUGAUAUUCGGUUGGCUUCGCAUCAACCGGUAGGUACAUUUCUCUGCAUUACCCUAUGGUUGACUGUCAGAGAAUGCCUAAAGGCCGCCAUUCAUUGUUAUUUGUGUAAAGAUGAUUAAAUUAAUAUAUAAAUAGAUAUUUUUUUUUAUGUAACUGAUCAUACUGUCGUGUAGAUGGCGCUACCAUCAAGUUAAAACGUUCGGAUUGAGCAGUGAAUUUACUCGUAGGUAAGCAAAAGGAAAUUCUAUUAGAAGUAAGUACUAUUAUUAAGUAUUAACAGUUUGAUUUCUGAUAAUUACAUUACUGUAUUUAUUUCAUACAUUCGUGAUUUUGUUUUCACUGGCAAAAAAUACUAAACUGGUGUUUGAAUUCCCCCUACGAAUAUUAACCCUUUUACCGCCACUAUUAAAAAUAGAAUUUGUAGCGUGGCGCAGGGAAUAUUUUUUUUCUUUAUUGACGUGGCGGUCAUAGGGUUAAAUAAAGGCGUAAGUAAUUGUCAGCGGUUAGUUAUUAAGUACAUAUUAUUUAUUAUGUAUAAACUUGUUUUGGCGCGAGUUAAACCUGAUACUCAUCAUGAGACUAUAAAACUUUGUAUAAUGAUUUUUGGAGUAAACAGUCACGUUUAUGCUGAUUUGAUGAUUAAAUUUCUACACACGUGU